UCGGCCUUAGGAUAAACCGACAUGUAGGCUUUGGACAUUUGGAAAAUGCUACUUGGACGUUUGCACAUUUUUAUUUAUGUUUGUUUUGUUCAGAAGUCAUUUUGACAUUAAGGAGAUACCCAACUCUGGUUCAGCAUGCAGCACUGUGCACGUCAAGGAAGGUAAAAAUCUUUCAAGGCAGCAAUUGAGGCCUUACAUUUGAGGCCGAGACUUCCCAGAAGAUCGCACAGAAUUCCUGCACUAACACCGAGAGCAACUCACAGCUCCUCAGGAGGAUUAUGCCAUUAUAGCUGACAACUUGAGCUUCCUUAGAGUACGACGGCGACAAGGCAAAGUCAGUUUGCACCCAGCAGGAACCAUGGAUGACCCCUAUCACAACAACGUGAGCCAGCAGGUGACAGAAGGUGGGGAAUACACUUACACCCAGGAUGGGGGAGGUCAAGAUGGCUACCCCUACCAGGCCGACUACCCUCCGCAGGACGAGGACGCUCGUAGCGACGCCACGGAGGGCGCGGACGAUGACGAGCAGAUGUACGAGGGGGAGUACCAAGGUGUCCCCCACCCUGACGAGAUCAAAGAGGCGCGGCGGGCGGCUCGGAUGGAGGCCAGGAGGAAAGCCCGUCAGGCUGUCCAGCAGGAAGAGGAGGAGGACAACCUGCCAGAGCAGUACGAGACCAUCAUGGAGGACUGCGGCCACGGGCGCUUCCAGUGGAUGCUGUUCUUCGUGCUGGGCCUGGCGCUGAUGGCCGACGGAGUGGACGGCUUCGUGGUGGGCUUCGUCCUGCCCAGUGCUGAGAAGGACAUGUGCAUAUCCAACUCCGACAAAGGAUUGCUGGGUCUUCUGGUGUACGUGGCCAUGAUGGUGGGGGCGCUGGUGUGGGGGGGUCUAUCUGACAAGAUGGGGAGGAGGAAGUGUCUGAUCUACGUCCUGACCAUCGACCUGGUCUUCUCCUUCCUGUCCUGCUUCGCUCAGAGCUACGGCUUCUUCCUCUUCUUCCGGUUCUGCUCCGGCUUUGGAAUCGGCGGCUCCAUCCCGAUAGUGUACACCUACUAUGCCGAGUUCCUGCAGAUGGAUAAACGCGGGGAGCACCUGAGCUGGCUCUGCAUGUUCUGGAUGCUGGGAGGCCUGUACGCCUCCUUCACCGCCUGGGGAAUCAUCCCUCACUAUGGCUGGGGCUUCGCCAUCGGCUCAGAGUUCCAGAUCCACAGUUGGAGGUUAUUCAUCCUGGUGUGCCUCUUCCCUGCGCUGGCUGCACUCGUCGGAGUCGUCUUCAUGCCGGAGAGCCCACGUUUCCUCCUGGAGAGUGCCCGACAUGAUGAGGCGUGGAUGAUCCUGCGUCAAGUUCACGACACCAACUGGAAGGCCAAGGGGGAGCCAGAGAGAGUGUUCACUGCGACCAACAUUAAGACACCGGAAACCCAGGAGGACGACUUCAUAGAGAUCCAGAGUGACACCGGGACGGCCUUCCAGCGCUGGACCGUCAGACACAUGACCAUGUUGCAACAGGUGAUGGCUAACAUCAUGUCCCUAUCAGCCCCAGAGCUCAGACUGCAAGGCCUCUUCCUGUUUAUUGUCUGGUUCUGCUUGGCUUUCAGCUACCACGGGCUGGGAGUGUGGUUUCCGGACAUGAUCAAAUACAUGCAGUACGAGGAGUACGAGUCCAAGGUCAAAGUGUUCCACCGAGAACGGGUCGAACGCUUCCACUUCAACUUCUCCCUGGUCAACCAGAUCCACCGUGAGGGAGAGUACAUCCAUGACAAGUUUGCAAACAUUGAGAUAAAGUCUGUCAAGUUCGAGGAUUCUCUGUUUGAAAACUGCUACUUUGAGGAUGUCAAGUCAACCAACACCUUCUUUGAGAAUUGCACCAUCAAAAACACUGUCUUCUAUAACACAGACCUCUGGCAGGAGAAGUUCAAAGGCUGUCGAAUGGAGAACACCACCUUCCUCCACCCUAAAAAGGGCUGCCAUCUGAACUUCCAGGAGGAGAACGACAUCGUCAUCUACAUGGUCAGCUUCCUGGGCAGUUUGGCUGUGUUGCCUGGCAACAUCAUCUCCGCACUGUUCAUGGACAAGAUAGGAAGAAUCAGAAUAAUAGGUGGUUCUAUGUUGGUGUCAGCUGCCUGCACUUUUCUGUUGCUGCUAAGUUUCAGUCAAGGAGCUGUAAUAUGUUGGCAGUGUCUCUUCUAUGGCACCAGUGUGGCGGCCUGGAAUGGAUUAGAGGUCAUUUCUGUGGAACUCUACCCCUCCUCGAAAAGAGGGACAGCAUUCGGUAUCCUGAAUGGGAUCUGUAAGUUCGCUGCCAUCCUUGCCAGCUUCAUCUUUGCAGCCUUCAUCGGCAUCACGAAGAUCAUCCCCAUCAUCCUGGCCUUCAUCGCUCUCGUCUGCGGAGGUCUGGUAGCUCUCAAGCUGCCCGAAACCCGGGAGAAAAUCCUCUCCUGAACAGCCAAACUCCUGCAGACCUCCGGACCUCCACCACUGUGUAGCUAUGGGGAAAGCUGAGUGUCAGCUUAAACUUAAAUGGAAAGACAAGGAAGAACGUCCACGCUGCGCUAACUGUGUUUCUGAGUUAUGAUUUAAAUGUUUUUGUCUGGUUGCCUACGUGAACCUGUGGUUGCUUUCUAUUCCCUCUGUGAGCUCCUCAGGCUGCCCAGCAUUUCUGUCACGUCAUGUAAAACUUGUGAUUAUCAUUUCCUUUUAAUCAUUUCCUGAACUGUCACACACACACACACACACACACACACACACACACACACACACACACAGUGUAGCAACAUUUGUUUUCUUUGAGGUUUGUGGAAAAGAAAAAUUAAUAUGAGAUGAAAAUAUGUCUGUACUUGAAAGGUGAAGUAGUUCAUGUUACCAUGUUGUGCUUUGAUUUCAUUCCCCGCUGGAGAAGGAAAAAAAGGAAAGAGAGAGGACUUAUAGUCAUAAUUUGAAUCCCGAUGUAUUGAUGCCGAGGCUCAGCAGCAAUAUUACUGCUGGCGUUGUUAUUUGGAGAAAACACCUCUUUCGUUCACCCAUUCUUUAUUUAUUCUGCACUGUCCUGUGGUGUACAGUCUUCUCCAGUGCACAUGUAGUUGCUUGGUCUGAUCUCUCUAGACAUAAACCGGGAUUGACCAUUUUAUUAAAUGUAGGCGUUCAUUUCUCCCAGCUGAUCCAAAUCCAACCACAUUCUCCUCCUGUUUGGCGUCCUGUCCCCGACUGAGGCGUUGUGUCUGUUCUUAACUGUAGCGCUGUGUUCUGUAGGUGGUGAUAGUAACGUAGAAUCAGAGUCUCAUCUGUCACAUCUUGCCAUGACAACGUGUACGGAAUUUGUUUAUUGAUUUAUUGAUACAAAACUGUGAGAUAACAUGUUUUGAUAAGAUGCUCUCAUUUUCAUGUUCUGAUGAUGAACAGUUUUGCUGCAUUUCUGACAUGUGUCAAGAUUUCUAAGGACCAUGUUACUUUUUUUUUGAUGGC